AUGGCGGUGAGAAAUUUUUGGGCUUCUUAUAAAAUUUCGAGUCUGAUUACAUCAGUUCAUCGUUAUCGGCUUUUCGCUGGCAAUCCAUCUCAGUCACAGCACCGUGAUGCGCGUUUCUCUAACAAAGAGCUGAGAGGAACUGUGUUUCGCAGGGCAAAAUGGAUUUUUGGCUCUGUAUUGACUUUUCUACUACGUUUUUGGCAGCAAAAACUGAAAACUCUGCUAAGGUUGGAAGGGAAGGCAGAGGAAGUUGUGGAAGAGGUGGAAAAUGUGGCAGAGGAGAUCGAAAAGGUGGCGACUACAACUGAGAAGAUAUCAGCAGAGGUGGCUAAUAAGAUUCCGUUCAAUGGCAAACUCAAGGAUGCAGCAUUGUGCAUAGAACAUGUAUCUAGUGUCACAGCAAAGGAUGCUCAACAAGUACUAGAUCUUAUUCACAAAGUUGAUGAAUUGAAGCACGACUUGAAAGACUUGGAGACAUUUGUUGAGCCAGUUAUUGAUAAGAUUAAGAUAAAUGAAGAUGAAGAAAAGUAGUAUACAUGGAAAAAUUUCUUGAUAUGUUUUAAAUACAUGCAAUACAUGUACCCCACUUCCCCAUAACAGGGUUGGUAUUGAAAAAAGAAAUAAUCUCAAUUUGUUUUUAAUUUCUUUAUGAAAUAAUUAAGCCGUGCAGUCUCAAGUGUUUUAUACCUUGUGUGCAUGCAACAUAGGGUUUGUUUGGCUGACAACCAAUUUAUUGAAAUAAAAUGAGAUUAAUCUGUGG